AUGCCUCAGGGACGCAGACGGGCCCCCAUCAGUCCGUUUGCGCAGGGAUACACUCCGCAAAUGAGAGAAGCCGUGGACCGAAUGCCGAUUCCAAACGAAAUCAAAUGUUGCGUUUGCAAGCGGCUUCGCCCCAAGUCCCAGUACUCGAACAAUCAACUGAACUACCUCCGCCAGGCAAUGUUCGAUAUUGGUUACAGUAACAUUCGUGACCAGCAGGUUGCUAAGUGUGGUCCAUGCACGAAUGCUCAGGUUUGUGAGGAGCUGUGUCAUCGUUGCGGUCACUACCGUGCCAUCGACCAAUUUGCCAGAAACCAACGGAAUCGUGAGAAUCCGCUCUGUCAGCCCUGUAUGAACUACCAGAUGUCCCUCGAUCCUGUCGAUCAGCCUCUUGCAAUUACGGACAAAGUUGUGGUCGAGGAUAAUACAGAGGAUGAGGAUGAGGAGCUCAACUCUGAGUCUGCGGGUCGUUCCGGAUCUGUGGUUCUAUCUGGGUCUGUGGGACGCGCUGAGUCUGUCGAUCUCUUUAGCUCUCUGAGUCAGUCGGAGAGCCUGGAGCAGGGCAUUGAGAGAGCUGUCGUCUUGCACGAUGAUUCCACGGAUAGUGAUGGUAAUGCGAACCGGAACGGCUUUGCAAGAGUUAAGGCACACCGCCCUCGUCAGGAGCCUGUUCCCGACCCCGAGCCCGCCCCAGGCUGGGCACCCGGUACCCGCAAGGUCAAUGAUGGCACUCCUUGGAAAGGAGGAAGGUUCCUCUAA